AAUGGUGGCCGACGAGAAAAACGUUGAUUCGACAUUUUGCCGAUAGGCGGUAGAUUAGUGUUGCCCAUUGGCAAUAGUGUGUUCGUUUCGUUUUGCGAUAACAUUUUGAUUUUAUCAUUAGUUUUUACAUGAAAAAUCUCUCGCAAAAUUGAUAAGAAAAAUUUAAAUGACGAAUUUAAUAAUUAUGUGAUUUUUUCCUGUAAAAAAUAAAUUAGAUAAAUAUUGUUGUCAAUUCCAUUUGAAUGGAAUAUCAAGCCCAUCAUCCCAUUGUAACGUGAUGAUGAUGAUGCUUGUGAAGCUUUCGAAGAAGAUAUUUGUAAACACAUCGCAAUGCCUAUCAAUGUAUUGUUAAAUCACUGUCUGUCAAAGCAUAGUCGACGAAUUUACUAAACAAUUCUACGCCCAAACAACAUCCGACUACUGUUGAUAUUUGUAUAAAACUGUUGUUUUCAACACAUUUUCCGCAUAAAUACGAGUGAAUUUGACGAUUUUCAAGUGGUUUAGCAGCAUUUAUUUGCACUAAACUAUUUCGUGCUUUGUAUAAAUUGGUUCAUUCGUUGAGUUUGUUUCGAAGGGUGCCAAGCCUUUUGUCAAUCACCUGAUUUAGCCAACGUAGUAUAAAUGAUAGGAAAACCAACCAUCAGAAUGCCAGCCGCAAUCGAUCCGAGUAUUGUGAAGAUAGCUGUAGAAUUGGAGAAUUCGCUCAGGAAUACAACGCACACCGCUCAACUGAUUGAGUUCGAUCAGAAGAGCACAUUAACAGUGAUAAUUCGAAAUUUAUGCCAAAAUUGGAACUUGAGUGACGAUGAGAACUAUGCGUUGCAGUUUUGUGAGAAGAAUUACAAAAACUAUGUGACAGAGAAGAAUCGGAAUGAAGUGAAAAAUGGCUCUGUAUUGCGAUUGUGUCAUUCGCCAACGAAAACCGCUCACGAUAUCUUGGAAACGAUCAAAAGCGCCUCAAACAAUGAGAAAACUCGUGUACUGGGGAAUUUGGCAUCGUUGAGCUCCGAUCUGACAUUCGCAUUGGAAUUUAUCAAAGAGCAAGGUUUGAACAUCAUCAUUACGAUGAUUGAAAAUGAACAAUGCAUUGGCGACAUGCUCAAAUUCAUAAUGCUGUCAUUCGUUGAGCUAAUGGAUCAUGGCACUAUCUCGUGGGAUAUACUACAAGCAAAAUUUAUCAUUCGAAAUAUUUACUUCAUCAAUCAUCCAUCGACCGUACCAGAUGAAGUGGUUGAAUGUGCUUUGUCGACACUUGAGAAUAUCAUACAGAACAGUAGCAAUCACUCGGGCAUCAUCGAAAGUGAUGUGCCAUUUAACAGUCUUCUGGUGCUAUUGCAAGGCACAAAGUCACAAGACAUGAAAUCGCAAGUCAUCCAACAGAACACAAUUGCCCUGAUCAACGCUCUAUUUAUCAAAGCAGAUGAUAGCCGGCGGCAGGCGAUCGCAAAAACGUUGAGCGAAAAAUCAUUCCGAGCCGCACUGUUGGAAACAGUGGGCACUGAAAACAUUGGCAUAUCGCAUCAAUUGUAUGUGCUACAAACAUUGACUCUUGGAUUGCUGGAGGAUCGCAUGAUGAUGCCAAUGAAUGCACAAGAUCAGGCGGCCAAUGAUAAGGUCAAGGAAUUACGUCGAAUUGCCUUUGAUGAAGGGAUUUUCGUUGAAUCACCGCCGGAUGUGCAUAGGCGCAACAACUCCAUCGUUAGUACUGGCCAUUACAAGAAACUUGGGUUCAAAUGUGACUUGAAUCCAGCACAAGAUUUUAUCGAAACACCACCGGGGCUAUUGGCUUUGGAUUGCAUGCUGUACUUUGCUAGGAACUAUACACAACAAUAUACAAAGGUUGUCCACGAGAACAGUUAUCGUGCUGACGAGCACGAGUGUCCAUUCGGCCGGACAAGCAUCGAAUUGGUGAAGCUGCUGUGUGAAAUAUUGCACAUUGGCGAGGCUCCAACUGAACAAGGACAAGAGUUCCAUGCGAUGUUCUUCACUCAUGAUCAUCCGUUUGAAGAGUUUUUCUGCAUAUGCAUCGUUGUACUGAAUCGCACAUGGAAAGAUAUGCGAGCAACAAGCGAAGAUUUUGCCAAAGUGUUCAGUGUGGUGCGUGAGCAAAUUCAGCGUACAUUGAAAGAGCGCCCCAAAAAUUUGGAUGAUUUCAAGACGAAAAUCAAUUCAUUCACAUAUACCAAAAUUACCCAAUUGCGCCAGCAAGAGCGUACAUCAAAAGAGGAAUGUGAAUCGACUGCCUCGGCAAUUGUCAAGCUGAAGGAGAAAAUAACGCCCGAAAUCAUUGAAUUGAUCAAGGCACAACGAUUAGGAUUUUUGGUCGAAGGAACGAGAUUUUCGAAAUACUCACGCGGCGCUCGAAGUAAAGAUAAAUUCUGGUAUGCUCGAUUGAGUCCAAAUCACAAGGUUAUCCAUUAUGGUGAUUGUGAUGAGAAAACAGUGCCAACGCUGGAGGAGCUGGGCAAUAAAAUUCAAGUGUAUGAAAUCAAACAGUUGCUUGUCGGCAAAGAAUGUCCUCACAUGAAGGAAUUGCGUUCACGCAAAUCGGCCAUGAAUCUUGGCUUUUCCAUCACAUUCGACAACAUGGAUCAUUCCACAUUGGACUUUGUUGCGCCAGACGAAACCACCUGGAAUUAUUGGACCGAUGGUGUUAAUGCUCUACUCAGUUUGCCCAUGGUUAGCAAGCAGAAGGAUGAAGAUUUGAAAACAUUACUCUCAAUGGAAAUUAAACUUCGAUUGCUCGAUACUGAGGGUGUUGAUAUUUCACAAGAGCCACCACCAAUUCCAGACGAUCCAGAAAACUAUGACUUCUGUUUUGAUAACUAAUUUCUUUUGUUCAACCAAAGCAUCAUUUGAUUCUUCCAAAUCACCAAAUUUUAUAUAAUUCUAUCGAAUGUAUUUAUGAUAAAAAUUAGUAUGUUUAGGACCUAAGAUAAUGGAAAUUACUCAAUUUUCCAGUAUUAAACGCAUUGGAUUUUUUGCACAAUUGUCCAAAUAGACGAUAUUCUCUACAACGAACUCAAUCAAAGACGGAAAGAACAUCAACAAACAAGCCAAAAUUAUAUGUCAAACUCUUCGAUGCUCAAUGUCAAUUUAUUUUUUAAGAAUACCAAAAUAUUUACAUAUCUUUAUUUUAUACGUAUGAGCCAGUUUGGUACAUUUUAUUUUUUUAAUGAAUCAUAAUAAAGGGAAAAAUAACAAAAA